UUAUUACCCUGGCAACGGCGUCCCGGUGGGCGGGGUUUCUCCACCACUCUCUCCUCACAUUGGUCCGCCGCCGUUUCCCGCCGCCGUUCUCUCUCCUGAUUGGUCAGCGGCGUUGCCGGGCUCCGUGAGGGCUCCGUGAGGGCUCCGCCAUGGCGGCGGCGCUGGAGGACGCCGUGGGCACCGUGUGCUGGUGGGGGCUGUCCCCGGCCAUCGAUCUCCGCCUGCACCUCCCGCCGGGACCGGAGGCCUCGGUGCUGCUGGUGGGGGCGGCCGAGGGCCGGCACCUGCUGAUGACGGCGGCCCGGGCCCGCCGGGGCCCCCCCCGCGACAUCACGGUACGGACCGGGACACCGGGAGGGACACCGGUCCCGGUACCGGGCUCGGUGUCGCGCUGCAGAGCACCGGGACGGGGUGAAGCUCCCGGUUCGGGGCUCUCCCGGUGCUACCGGGGCUCUCCCGGUGCUACCGGGGCUCUCCCGGUGUUACCGGGGCUCUCCCGCAGCUCUUCGUGGCCGAGCAGAGCCCCGAGCCCGUGGCUCGCCAGCUCCUGUUCCUGCUGCUGGCGCUGGAAGCACCGGAGCGGCCCCGAGCCGCAGGUACCGGCACCCCCGGUAACCCCGGUGUCCCCCCGGUGAUCCCCGCUGUCCCUAAUGACCCCCCCGGUAACCCCGGUGUCCUUCUGGUUUCCCUCCGCUGUCCCCGGUGUCCCUUCUAUCCCCUGUGUCCCCUCCCGGUGUCUCCGCCGGUAACCCCGG